GGCCGGCGCUGCUCCGCUGGAAGAGCCGCCCAGGUCCCGCAGCGGCAGCUGGAGCCGGAGCGAUCCCUGUCCUGCGCGAUGGCCGGCGGGGGCUCGGACUCGGGCUACAUCCGCACCGUCCGGGGGCAGGAGAUCCUGGGCGAGCUGGACAGCUCCACCUUGGCCUUGCCCUCCAGGCUGUCCGGGGGGCGAGCCGAGGCCCAGAAGUCCCUCCGCAUCCAGCGCCAGGUCCAGCAGACCCUCGCCAGGAAGAGCAGGGGCGCCUCCGGGGCCAACGGGAGUCUGCAUCGUACCACCAGUGUUCCAGAAUAUGUGUAUAAAUUAGAUGCAGUUGAAACUGACUUUGCUUCAAGGCCUUAUUUGGGAACAUCAUAUUAUCAAUCUCAUCAGAUAGGUUCCCAAAGUAGUUAUGAAAAUGGCUGGGGGCCUAGAAUCCUUCCAUAUAAUUCAUACAGGACCAUAGAAGAGAAGUCUCAAAGGCAGCCCUUGAAGAGAUUAGAGGUUUCUCCCAAUGGCAGUCCUGACAAGCUGGCUUUCUUCCAAAAUGACUACCAGUACAACAGGGGGCUGACCAUAAGGCAUGGAGAAAGCAAGAGAUCCAGUGUCAUGCCUCCGAGAUAUGCUCGCUCUGAGAUCAUUGGCUACACAAGCCAUAGUGCUCCAAACAGAGGGUAUGGCACUCAAAGACACUUCUACAUUGGGCCUCCUAAUGAAACUGUGGUUGACAGUGCCCCUAACAGCCCAAGAGGGGCAAUCUAUCAGCGAAUUGGCAACAGUCGGAGCAUGAACAACCUUUUGGAGAAAGAGAGCUACCAGACAUCUGCUUCUGCCAUGGGUCAAGUCCGAAACCCCAUUGCUUCCCAAUCUGGAUCUCAGCACAGGCAGUCUCUCAGGUCCAGCUGGCACCAGAGUACUUUCAGAUCACAGGGCACAAAGGAAGCCCCUCAACCAACUUCAAUCUCCAGUGCUACUGCAGAGGCAAGUGGGAAGAGGAUGGCAAUGACAGCAGCUAUGGCAGCGGCAGGUGGAAAUGGUUUCAUAGAGCCAGAGAGGAUAGUCAUUACUGGAUCCCAGCCUGGGAAUCAAGAAGGAGAGAUGACUCUGGAACGUGCAGUAAAUAUACUACAAACUGAAAAUGCCUCGUCUCCUCGAGUGCUUGCAGCAAUUGUUUAUAUACAGCAUGAGAGCUUCCAAAGAGCAGAAGCAAGAAGGAGAGUUUAUUCACUUGGUGGCAUUCCCAAGCUGCUAGAACUUCUGAAUGUACAGAAUGAGGAUGUGCAGAGGGCAGCAUGUGGAGCCUUGAGGAACUUAGUGUAUGAAGACAAUGACAACAAACUAGAAGUGUCAGAACAAAAGGGAAUUUCUGUCCUGCUGAGGCUGUUACGGCAAACCCGAGAUGUGGAGACCAAAAAGCAAAUUACAGGUUUGUUAUGGAAUCUCUCCUCCAAUGACCAGCUGAAGAAUUUAUUGAUUCGAGAGGCCCUGAAACCACUGACGGAAACUGUCCUCAUCCCUUACUCGGGCUGGCCAGAUAGGGAUUAUCCAAAGUCAAGCAUCAUACCUGAUCCUGAUAUCUUCUACAAUGCUACAGGAUGUCUGAGAAACAUGAGCUCUGCUGGCCCUGAGGGGAGGAAAAAGAUGAGAGAAUGUGAUGGAUUGAUUGAAUCAUUGGUGUAUUACAUCCAAGGAACCACAGCAGAUCAUCAGCCAGAUGAUAAGGCCACAGAGAACUGUGUGUGCAUUCUUCAUAAUCUCUCCUAUCAAUUAGAAUCUGAGCUUCCUAGUAGUUAUACCCAGCAUAUCUAUAUGCAAAGAAGAGAUGUUCCUUCCAAUAACAACAGCAUUGGAUGCUUUGGAACCAAGAGCAGGAAAGCAAAGCAGAAGCAACAGGACCUGCCACUUCCUGAGGAAAAGAGUGUCCCCAGUGGCAUUGAAACACUCUGGCAUUCCAUCCUAAUAAGAAUAUACCUGUCCUUAAUAGCCAAAAGCACUAGGAGCUACACUCGGGAAGCAUCACUAGGAGCUCUGCAGAAUCUCACAGCAGGCAGUGGACCAAUGCCAUUUGGGGUAGCCUAUAUCAUUGUCAAGAAGGCCAACGGCCUCCCAAGUAUUCGAAACAUGCUACAUGUGAGCAGUGCAAGUGUCCGAAAAACUGCAGUCUCUCUUCUCAGGAACUUGUCUCGUAACCCUUCUCUGCAGAAUGAAAUAGCCAGAGAAGUCUUGCCUGAUUUGGUUGCCAUACUACCGGAUUCAGUUCCAACAACUGAUGUGGCCAAUGAGACCACUGCUUCUACCUGUUACGCUUUAUACAACCUGACUCAGAACAACUCCCAGAACGCCAAACUCCUCUUGAACUCUGAUGGUAUCUCAAAGAUUAUGAAUAUCAGCACAAGUGAGAGCAAAGCUGGUAGAGCUGCUUCAGUCCUGUUGUAUUCUCUGUGGUCUCAUGUUGAUCUCCACAGUGCCUACAAAAAGGCUAAUUUUAAGAAGACUGAUUUCAUCAACAACCGGACAUUAAGAGCAUAUAAUUCUCUAAAAGACUGAAAAGCAAGCUACAAGGGCCUUAAGAGACUGAUCAAAUUAUACAGAACCAGUGAAGUUCUAUUCUUGGCACUAAUUCACCAGCAAGAACUGCACAGCAUCCUACAUGGAAGACCAGUUUUAUAUUUUCAAAGGAUGACAUCUUCUCUGCCUUACACCACUGUUUCUUACAGCUUUUGAACUCAAUACAGGACUUGCAAAUCUCAAGCCAACUCAAGUUGCAGCCUACUAAAUCAUCUUAGUCUGACACACUGACAGCAAUUAUAUUGGUCCAGUUUUGGCUACAUCAAUUUCCUUGUUUUGUACUAUGAAAAAUUAAUAACCAAAGAAAAUGGGAUUCUGGAACAUCCUUUUCUCCCCAUCUUGCUAAUCUGACGAGUAAUCAGUGCUUCAUACAAAAUUCCCUGUGUAGAUCUUUAGAAAGUGCAAGCAGAUUCUCAUAGAAUGCUGUUCAAUUGUUAAAAUUUUCCUAAAUUCUAAUUUUUCAGUAGAGUUCUUCGCCUUCUUUGCUUCAGGUGUGCCUGUUUGCUGAAACCUACUUUUUCUAACAAUAUGGAAUUGAAAUAAUGUGUUGAAAGAACUAUUUUUAAAAUGCCUACAAAAUUAGGAUUAUGUUUCUGUAUUUUUUAGAUACUGUGAGAUCACAAAGGUUUAUUUCAGAGCUGAGGAUACAGCCAAAGCAAAAUUUACUAGCUUCCUUAUCCUGGGCAUAGUAGUUGUUCAUUGCAGCCAUCUUUGUAGUCUUGUGACCAGAAUCCAUUAUUCAACAUCCUUUAGACUUGAAAAGGUCCCUGCUUUCUUUCAGGUUUUCUUUGACUUCGUAUGCAGGGUGCUUCUGUGACAUUUACUAACAGCACAGUCAUAUGCAUGUCUACUUAGAAGUAAGCCCUAUUGAGGCCAUGAAGUUUAGCUCCAUAUGUGCUUACAUAAGAUUACAGUCCACACUAUUUACCCUGAGGUGAUCAGAGAGAAUAAGACAUGGAUCAGGUGAAAAUCAAAGAUCAGUGCAAAUUUGCUGUGCCAAAUCUGACGUGGAAUGAAACUAUGAGUUAAGACUAUGUGAAGAAUUUAAGACCAUGCUUGAAAUCAGCCCUUCUCCACAUGUUUAUUUACACGCAAACAGCUCCUGAAGAUUAGUAAAACAGGAUUUAACCUUUCCAGAAGCCAUGUUGAUUUUCUUCAUUAAGGCCUAUGCUUCCAUAUGCUUGAUAAUUUUAUCUUUAAUAAUGUUUUCUGUCACUUCACCUCAAACUGACAUUACAUGUAAAUUCCUGGAUUCUUUUUAAAAGCUGGUGUUACAUCAACCAUUCUCUGCUUUGAUAAAGAGGCUAAUCUUAGAGACAUGUUGCAUGUUUUUGUUUCUGUAAAAAUAUCCAUUUCCUAUUUUAGUUCUUUUAAGAACUUUCAGUUGGAUAUCAAGUUCAGCAUUUUUAGUUCUGACAUCUUCAUAAAUCUUCCUUGCUUUGUGUGGAUGGUGAGGAAUGGGAUGGUCAAUCUCCCCCCUGCAAUUUGGUUGUCUCUGCUUGCAGUUUUUAGAAGUACCAGCAAAGGAAAUGCUUAUUUUGCCUUCCUCACACCCAUCCCAACAAUGUAUUCUUUCUAGGAGGAACUAGGAGUGUCACCAAAGGGUAUGAUCUUCUCUGUCUUACUGUGAAAUUCUGUUUAUUGUUAUAAUGGUGAGCAUUUUGCCUGGAAGGGCCAAGGAGGGUGUGUCAAAGCUUUUCAAGAUGUUAGUAGCCCCCUUUAAAUCUAUCAGUGCUUUUAAAAUAGUCUUUGAAUUCUCUUUCAUGUUUUCACACACUAAAAAAUGGACCUUUCUUCAGUUAAGAUGACAGCAUAUCCAAGCUUGUGGAGACAGGGUCCCAAACUACAUGGAGUCUGCAACCAAACUUCACUUUUCCUCCCUGAUAAAGACAUACAUGCAUGGUGCAUGUUAUUCUGGAAAACAUAGUUGUCUAAUUCAUGCAUUACUGUUUUGCAGCAGGUUUGAUGUAUGUACUUUUUAAAAUGUGUGGUGUGGAUAUGGCCUCAUAAAAACAGUUCUUAAAGUUUUAUUAUACUCCAUAAACAAGAAAUAACUAUAGGGAUAUUGCCAGCCAGUACACCAGCAUUUUCUUUUACAUGUGCUCUAUUAUAGAAAGGACACAAAAAGGGGAAAAGAAGUGCCCCACAUUUUUAUAAAGGUCUCCGACAUGAAGAGAUUGUGUGCGUUUUUGUUUUUUUUAAACUCUUGUAUCUCUCCCCAGACACCUGGAUAAAGCUCAAAAUAUCAUUCUCAGUGGCUACUGGUGGUUCCACUCCAUGUUUACAUCUGAAUUUUUGAAGGAACUAUUUAAGGUUGUUGUUAUUUUAUUAAUUUACAUUCCCCCUUUUCCCAUAAAUUGGGGCUCAAAGUGGUUUACAGAACUUCAAAACCAGUACAAAUUUGAAAGAAAAAGUUUGUAGAAGUUAUUUUAAAAUGCAAUUAAAAAUGCAUAGAAUUAAAACAAUUCAAACAUUCCUUAAAGGACAAUAUGAAAACCAACAAAACGGCCAAGCAUUGCGGUCAUCUCCCAAAAGCCUGUUGGCCAUGAAAAGUUUUCAUUUCUUGGAGGAAGGAGAACAAGGAGGGAGCAAAGUUUCUCCUUGUUCCCACCAAACUUUCCUGAAAAGGAGGCGGGACUAAGGCUUCAUCUGCACUGCUGAAAAAAUUCAAUUUGGCAACACUUCAACUGCCAUGGCUCAGUGCUGUGGAAUCCUGGGAUUUGUAGUUGCUUGUGGUUACCCAAGCUCUCUGAAGAAAAGGCUAAAUAGCUCGCAAAACUACAAAUCCCAGAAUUCCAUAGCAGUGAGACAGGGCAGUUAAAAUGGUGUCAAACAGCAUUAUUUCUGCAGUGCAGAUGCAGCCUGAGAGAGGAGCCUCCACAAAGAUCUUGAGAUUCAAGUCUUAGAGCUAUUUUGAGGAUAGGGUUCAGCACUUUGGAUAGUUCUCUUUAAAGACUCCCCACAAUGGAGUCACCAUCUGAUAGGAAAUCCAAUACACCACUGAUAACACAGGGCUGUGAUGAAAAAACAUUUUUCAAUAUUGUACCUGUUUUUGUUGUAUUUUGGAGUGCUGAAUUAAAAAAAAACACAAUAAAAAUGUUGUGCCACA